GUGAAAAUCAGCAAAGAGUGUAUGUCUGGGUAUGUAGAAAUACCAGCACUGUUCAAUAGCUACUUUGUUUCUGUCUUUUCAGAAGACGAGGGUGGCGAUCUGCUCAAGUCGAGCUUCAGUUUUCCAGGGACGCCAGAGGAGGAGAUAGACCAGCAGUACUCAUGGUCGCCUUCUCACCACUUCAAUGAAGAAAGAUAUUCUCCUGCUUCGAGGAAUAUGAAAGGAUUAUCUGGCAGUCGCAACCAACCACAGUUAUGUUCAGCUCAUACUUGUGGCUUAGCAUCCCCUGAAGAUUGUGAACACACCCACGACCAUAUCCACCAUGGGCAGGAACCAAGGCAAUCGUAUCUUCUCAGCCCCACGGAGAGUUGCCCGAUGGACCACCAUCGUUGCUCGCCGCGCAGCUCCAUUCAUUCUGAAUGCAUGAUGAUGCCCAUGGUAAUGGGCGAUCACAUGUCAAGUAGCACUUUCCCCAGAAUGCACUACAGCUCACAUUACGACACAAGAGACGACUGCGCCAUGUCUCACGGUAACCCUAAGAUUAACCGCAUUCCUGCAAACCUUUUGGACCAGUUUGAAAAACAACUUCCUCUUCACCGGGAUGGGUUUCACACUUUACAGUACCAGAGGACCUCAACAGCUGCAGAACAACGCAGUGAGAGCCCAGGAAGAAUACGCCAUCUCGUUCAUUCAGUCCAGAAACUUUUUACUAAAUCUCAUUCUCUGGAAGGAUCAUCCAAGGGCAAUGUCAAUGGAACAAAGGGAGACAGUCGAGGGGACGAUCAUCAUCAUGGACACCAUUCCAAGCAUAGCAAAAGGAGUAAAAGUAAGGAGCGAAAACCAGAAACCAAGCAUAAAUCUGGAAUGAGCAGUUGGUGGAGCUCUGAUGACAAUUUGGACAGUGAUAGCACUUAUCGAACCCCUAGUGUGGUAAAUAGGCACCAUGCAGAUCAUAUAUCCCAUUGCUACCCUGAGGCGCUCCAGGGACAUUUUGGGGAUCUGUCAUUGAAGACUUCCAAAAGUAACAAUGACGUGAAAUGUUCAGCUUGUGAAGGGCUAGCAAUGACCCCUGAUAGUAAAUAUAUGAAAAGGAGUUCUUGGUCCACACUUACAGUAAGUCAGGCUAAAGAAGCUUAUCGCAAAUCAUCACUGAACUUAGAUAAGCCUCUGGUUCAUCAGGAAAUCAAACCUUCCUUGAGGCCGUGCCAUUAUCUUCAGGUACCUCAGGAUGAAUGGGGAGGAUACCCUGCCAGUGGGAAAGAUGAAGAGAUUCCUUGCAGAAGAAUGAGAAGCGGGAGCUAUAUUAAGGCUAUGGGAGAUGAAGAAAGUGGAGACUCUGAUACUAGCCCCAAGACAUCACCAAAAUUAGCAGUUCGACCCGAGUCGUUAUUAAAAUCCAUUGGACAAAGACCACUGGGAGAUCAUCAAAAUCAGAGCUACCUUCAAACUGCAAGUGACGUGCCUGGGGGUCACAACCUGGAUCCCUCUGCAAACUACAAUUCCCCAAAGUUUCGCUCAAGGAAUCAGAGCUAUAUGAGAGCAGUGAGCACGCUCAGUCAGGCCAGCUGUGUUAGUCAGGUGGGAAAUUCUUGUUGUAACUUUUCUUUUAGGUUAAUCACAGAUGCAAGAGUUGCUGCUAGUGGAUGGUUGUAGUUGAUUUUUGUUUGUUUGUUUGAAGUAAUAUCAAACUGAGGAUAUGGAUUGUCAAAGUAAUUUGAUUCUAAAGAAUGUUACCCUUGUUCAUAAUUUCAACAAAAAUAUUCAGUACUAGAAGCAAAGGGACACACAAAAUAACACACAACAACAUUUUCCUUUUUUUUUUUCAGGAAAAAAAAAAAGUAACUGGUAUUUUCAGUUUCAGUCCGCAUUAAAUACUUAAGAAGAUGCAGACAACAUAAAAGGCUCACUCCUACAAAACUUAUCCUCUGAAAAUACCACCCUGAUCUCAAUAAAUGCAGGUUGCCAGAUUAAAAUAUCGAUUAAAAUAAUUAUGCUCCAAAGGAGCAGUGAUUCAUCUUUUAAUUCAAUCCCUUCAUUCUUCUUGGGUCAACGAAUAAGUCCCAUCAAUUAUUCUACAUACAGGAAAGGCGACAUUUUUCCAUUCUGCUGUUUUUAGAUUUGUUAUUUAGUACUAACUCAUGAUGAAGUGAGAUCUGAAUCAGGCCUGAAGUGCAAACAGCCUUAUAAAGUAUGUGGAUAUUCUGCUUAACAGAGUACUUUACAUACAAUUUCCAAUGUUCUUCAUGUUCUUUGGUUGUGACAUUUCUUCCCUGGGCUGCUUCGUGAGAGUAGGAUCCUGCCCUCCUCUCAGAUACGUACUUUACUUUUCUUUGAGCAUUUUGUGGCGCACCUAAGGGUAUAGUAGCUAAUUAUGUGCAAUGCUUAUGUUAAGAAAAUAUAUAUCUUUUAGAGCAAUUUUUUAACUCAUUCACAUUCAAUUUGUAUUGCAUGACUAUUCAGGCCUGGAUUCAGCUCAUCUUACUUGAGGCUUUUAACUGAGGCAACAACUAGAUCUUCCUCUAAAGUUAAUGGAGUGAAAGAGUUUCUUCCAGGACAAUGCACACCCUAAGUGCGCUGAGAGCCCUCUGGAAGUGCUUGUCAGUCUCCACUGACUGUAGAGCACUGAGAGGUAGUAGCUGCCUGACUAAUGCCCUUCAGUCAAGUUCCGUAAUUUAUGUGAGAUAAAUCUAACUAUAAUCUUGUAUAGCACAUACCAGCAUUAGAAACUGUCAGUCAGUCACUCUCCAAACCCUUUUUCUUUUCAUAGCUCCCUUGUGGAAUCUGUCCUCAUCAUUUUCAUGCCUUGGUUUUCAUUACCCUGCUUUGGUUAUUUUCUAUGUUUAUCAAACUCUAUUUUUGGAAAAAAAAAAA